AUGCAGCUGUCAAAUCGCUUGACUCGCUGGCAAUGGGCCGGCUUGGCCAGCUUGUUCGUAUUCGCUUUCUUCACUGUCCUUCAAUAUCGAGGGUCGACGGGGAGCGAUACAAUCUCCAUAUCUGCUAUUCCGUCCCUAGACCGUGCCUCGAAAUUCCAUCUGCUGGUCCCGGCUAGCGGCUACCACUUCCGACUAUGUCGCGCUCUCGCCUCAGCGACGGCCCUGGGCUAUCCUGUUGCCGUGCUCAACGGGUGGAUGAAGGAAGGUGACUUGGAUGCAUCCAAAACACACUUGGCCAAAGUGCGCACUGUCAUGCACUAUCUGGACAGCUUACCCCCUUCCUCCGAUGAUGAUCUGGUCCUAAUGAUCGACGGGUACGAUAUUGUCUUCCAGAUCCCGCCAGAUAUCCUCAUCGAGCGCUACUUCGCUAUCACCAAAGCUGCUACUGCCAAACUUGCUUCGCGCUUUGGACCCGAUUAUGUCGAGUCGCUCACGGCAGACGAUCGUCCUCAACAGACAAUCCUGUUUGGGCCUGAGAAGGUCUGCUACCCGGUGGACUGGAAUCGGGUCGGCUGUUGGGCUGUCCCGCAAGACAUCGACAUUCCUGCUGGAGCAUUCGGGCCGGAGGAUGGGCAGCUGCACCACAAUCUGCCCCGAUGGCUCAAUUCUGGUACCAUUAUGGGCCCGGCAAAAGAUAUGCGACUGCUGUUCGCUGCCACGCUCGACCGAAUUUCCGGGCACUAUGACCCCAACUAUGAGUUCAGUGACUCCGAUCAGAUGUACAUGAGCGACGUCUGGGGUGUACAGGAGUUUGGCCGCUCCAUCGCAAGACAUCGACAAUACUUUCACGACGACAUGGAUCCAAAUGCAGUUGUCCCCGGGGGCGUGGAUGGAAAGGUUGUGCCUAUCCUCUUACCAGGCCAAAGGACCGAACAUCACAUUGGCAUCGAUUACCGAUCGGCGCUCUUCCAAACACGCGCCGGGUCCGAUUUUAUUCUGGAAAUGCUCACAUACAACGAGACAGCAGAGGGAAAUGGGACAACGACAACGACAGCGACAGCGACAUUUGCGACCGUUACCCAAAACAUCACCGAGUCUCCGAACUUCAUGCCUUUUAAAAUCCCCCUACCAGCCAACCUCGCUUCCUCGAUUACUCGAACUCUCCAAUUAGUGGAAAAGGCAGUCGGCACCAUUCCUAGCGUUACCGAGCUUCGUCUAGAAACAAACAUCGUGACGCAAAACGUCUACGGUCUCUUCCAUUCUACCGGCGGCAAGGACUACAUUGAUAAGUUAUGGUCACAGCUGUGGUUCUUCCCAUAUGUGCGACCUCUCUUCCUCGCCAGGAUCCCGCUACUGAAGGCUGGACGGCCAAUUGUGGUUGCAGAUGGACGCACAUGGUUCCCUGCUCACAACCUUCCCUCGAACGUUUCCGAGUCCCAGGGCAUUAAUGCUACUGGGGCCUGGGCAGAUAUUGAUGGUGGAUGGCUGGGCUGGCAAGAGCUUUGUGGAACAUUUGAAGCUGAGGUAUUUGAUGGCUUCACACCCCCGAUGGAUGACUGA